AUGCUCCAGCGGGCGAGCCAGUUCGUCGCCGCAGAGACAUGGAUGGCCGGGAGGCGCGAAGAGCACAAGAGGGUCAAGCCGGAGCCGCCCCGGCAGCAGCAACCCGCUGCGUCUCGGCGUAGGUUGGACAGAUCCGACCCGCCGACAUCGAGGCCCCCUCUCCCUGCCUUGAACUCGUCCCGAACGGAAAUAUUCCUCCACAUAAGGGAGAAGGGACUGCUCAAAGAGCCCUACCCGAUGAGGAGUCCGCGGGCGCUGACGGACCAAUCGAAGUACUGCCGCUUCCACCGGCAACAUGGGCAUGACACUGAACACUGUCGGGAGUUAAAAAGGCAGAUCGAGAAGCUCAUUCAUAAGGGACACCUCGACCAGUACCUUCGGCCGAGUAAGGAACUUUCACCGCGCCCGGAGGGUCCCAUCGAACGACACAUCGACGUGAUAGCUGGCGGCCCCGCAUCUGGCGGGGAUUCCAUGACUAGAAGAAAGGCGUACGCCCAAGCUGCUCCGGCCGAAGCUCCCAGGCACGGGCCCGAGCCUGAGGUUACUUUCCCGGCCGGAACAUCCGAACAAAUCGAGCACGACGAUGCGCUCGCGAUAUCGGCCAGGAUUGCCAAUGCACAAGUAAGAAGGAUCAUGGUCGAUACCGGGAGCUCGGCCGACAUACUCUACUUCGACGCCUUCCAAAAGCUUAGUUUAUCCGGAGAUAACAUGAAGCCGAUAUUCUCGGCACUCACCAGAUUCACCAGUGAUUCAAUCUCACCGCUGGGGGCGAUCACUUUACCCUUGACCCUGGGAGCCCCACCGAGGUCGAAGACAGUGAUGACCACCUUCUUAGUGAUUGACCUCCCCGCUGCAUACAACGUCAUUCUCGGCCGGCCGACCCUCAACAAAAUCAGAGUCGUCGUCUCAACCUACUACCAAACCGUGAAGUUCCUGACCCACGCCGGGACUGGGGAGGUCGCGGGAAGCCCCCGAGAAUCCAGGCGCUGCUACCUGACCGUCGUCUCGUUACAUAAGAGAGCAAGGGUCGAACCACCAUUGGCGGACCCCCGGGAGGCGAAGAAGCCAGCCCCCUAUCCUGAGCCGAGGGGGUCCACCAUCGACUUGUCGCUGCUAGAGGGUCAGCCAGACCAAACGAUCAAGAUCGGAUCGGAGCUACCCGAGCAGGAACAAAGGCAGCUCGUCGGCUUCUUGCAAGAAAACGUCGAUGUCUUUGCCUGGUCACCAUCAAACAUGACUGGUGUCGACCCGGAGGUUGCGUAG